AUGGAGCUAGACCACCACACCGAGCUCCAGCUCACAUCAGAGCAAAGCCAUUCUUUCCCGAAUAUGAGAACUUUAAUGUCUGUUGAAGCUUUACAAAGGAUCAUUUCAACUCUGGCAAAUAAAAAUGAUGAAAUUCAGAACUUUAUUGAUACACUAAAUCAAACACUAAAAGGAGUUCAGGAAAAUUCUUCUAACAUACUUUCAGAGCUAGAUGAAGAAUUUGAUAGUUUAUACUCUAUAUUGGAUGAAGUGAAAGAAAGUAUGAUUAAUAGUAUCAAGCAGGAACAAGCUCGUAAAUCACAAGAGUUACAGAGUCAGCUUAGUCAAUGUAAUAAUGCCCUGGAGAACUCUGAAGAACUGCUAGAAUUUGCAACACGGUCAUUAGAUAUAAAGGAGGCUGAAGAAUUUUCAAAGGCUGCCAGACAGAUCAAGGAUAGAGUAACAAUGGCUUCAGCCUUUCGCCUUUCUUUGAAACCAAAGGUCAGUGACAACAUGACUCAUUUAAUGGUGGAUUUUUCUCAGGAAAGACAGAUGUUGCAGACUUUGAAGUUUUUGCCAGUUCCCAAAGCUCCAGAGAUAGAUCCAGUAGAGUGUUUGGUGGCUGACAAUGCUGUAACAGUAGCUUGGAGAAUGCCAGAAGAAGAUAAUAAGAUUGAUCAUUUUAUACUGGAAUAUAGGAAAACUAAUUUUGAUGGACUUCCACGUGUAAAGGAUGAGCGAUGCUGGGACAUAAUUGAUAAUAUUAAGGGUACCGAAUAUACACUGUCAGGUUUAAGGUUUGAUUCAAAGUAUAUGAAUUUCAGAGUACGAGCUUGUAACAAAGCUGUGGCUGGAGAGUGUUCUGACCCAGUGACUCUGGAGACCAAAGCACUUAAUUUCAGUUUGGAUAGCUCAUCAUCCCAUUUGAACCUGAGAGUUGAAGAUACCUGUGUAGAGUGGGACCCUACUGGAGGAAAAGGCCAAGAAAAUAAAGUUAAAGGAAAAGAAAACAAGGGCAGUGCCCCUGUUACUUCACUGAAGAAACAUACAAGAAGUGGGACACCAUCCCCCAAACGGACAUCUGUAGGCUCCAGGCCACCGGCAGUAAGAGGCAGCAGAGAUCGUUUUACUGGGGAAUCAUAUACAGUGCUGGGAGACACUGCUAUUGAAAGCGGACAACAUUAUUGGGAGGUCAAGGCCCAGAAGGAUUGUAAAUCCUAUAGUGUGGGAGUAGCAUACAAGACUUUGGGGAAAUUUGACCAAUUAGGAAAAACAAACACUAGUUGGUGUAUUCAUGUCAACAACUGGCUACAAAACACAUUUGCAGCAAAGCAUAACAACAAAGUCAAAGCCUUGGAUGUUACUGUUCCUGAGAGAAUAGGUGUAUUCUGUGAUUUUGAUGGGGGUCAACUUUCUUUCUAUGAUGCAAACUCAAAACAGUUGUUGUAUUCCUUUAAGACAAAAUUUACUCAGCCAGUACUACCUGGUUUCAUGGUUUGGUGUGGUGGACUUUCUUUGAGUACUGGGAUGCAGGUUCCAAGUGCUGUGAGAACACUUCAGAAAAGUGAAAAUGGCAUGACUGGUUCAGCUAGCAGCCUAAACAUUGUUACUCAGUAAUGCCUGCUCAGAAUGCUUCACCCCUCCUUUUGCUUGGGUGGUCUAAUCACAGAAACUAUGAGUGGUGGAAAUGAGGUUUGCUACGUUCUGCUUUAAGGCCUGGAGUCUGUUAGCAUUAAGCAUCCAGCACCACGUAUUCAAAGGAACCUACUGUGCAGUGUCAUAGAAGCAAGCAGAGAUUGAGCAAGAAACUGAUACUUUAAAGAGCAAAUGGAGAAAAAGGCAGUAUUUAAAUAGUUACUUGAAUAGAAACUCAUCUUUGUGUUUCUUGGAUUACUUUGGCUCUUCUAAUAUAUUUAGUUACAUAUGGUAGCCCUAGGGCCUGAAGAAAAAGCAUUUAAAUCUUGCCUUCUUUUGUCUUUAUUUUUUUCUCUUAUCACUGCAAAUCAUUUAGUUCUUACACUGAAGCUUUUAAAAAUAUACAGUCCUCUGAGGUUCCCAAAAAAUUAAAAUUGGUUGGGGAUUCUAGACAGGUUUUCUUACAAUGAUUUGUUUUCCCCCUGUUAUAAAUAAGUUGAGUUUUGCCAAAUUAUCCUCAUUUGUUUUACUGACUAAAAUAUAUAUAAUUGUCUGUUUUCUAAAUGUCGUGGUAUUUUUCUUGUGGUUAUAACUCAGAAUAAAGAGUGGAUAGAAAGUGUUUCUAGACAUAAUAGCUUAAAAUCACCCAAAUUUCAGUGUUUUACCUGCUGCACUAACAAUAGCAAAGGAUAUUCUUUAUAUGUUGCCCUAUUUAAUUAGAGUGCUUUUCAUUCCAUCGUUUUGGAUGAUGGGUACUAUUUUUAAAAGCUUUAUAUUUUCUGAUUUUGCUAUCUAGUUUAAAACUAUCUUUAGUAGUUAUCUUUGGUAAAAUUCCCACUUGGAUUUGGUAAUAACUGAUAAUACUUAUACUGAUUUUUAAUAUUUUUAGUAGGAAGAAUGUUUAUUAAAGUUAUAUAGAAGGUGGAAAACCUACACUACUCAAAUUUUACCUAAGAAAGAUAGGCUCUAAAGGGAGGUGCCUAAAACUAUUCUUUACUGGUCAUUUAUAUAUGCUUUUGAUAAGAUAUGGAAUGGUUUAAACAAGUAUUUUCGGGGGAAAAUCUAUCUCUGACUUAUUUGGCAUAUAAGUUUUUCAGUCAUUACUUAGAAAAAAAUCAACAUAGAAUAAUCUUCCCCAGAGUUAGGAAAAAUGUGUUAACAACUAGUAAAACCCAUGUUUAUUGAGAACAUAUCUGUUUUUUAAAAGUUGAUUAAAACUUAUAACACAAAUCCUUUGAGCCAAACUGAAAGUUGUAAUUACAGUAGUAUUUAAGAAUUUCUUGAGUGUUUUAAAGAGAUCUGAAUUGGUAUGUUCCUUAAUUUUUGGAACAUUUUAACAUUCAUUCUCAUUUUAAGUAUGUUGUACUAUGACAACCUUCUUCCAAGGAGUGACCGACGCUACUUACAUUACAGUUGCUAUCCACAGAAAGGCCUGCAGAAUAGGAAUAGCUCAUUCUUUCUUAAAUUUUAUGGCUUACUGAUAGGAUGUUUUAUUCAUUUUGAAACAAAUCUAAAUGAGGAAUUUUAUUUGAACUGGGUAUUGUUUUUACAGAGGACAUUCAUAUCUGCACCAUUGUCUGAUCAUAUAUUUAAAAGUAUAAAGACUAUGAGGGAGUUUCGAGAAUGAAAUAUAUUAAUAGAUAUUCUUUUGAUUCUUCAAACAAAUAUAAUUUUGGUUUUUGUUUCUCCAAGAUUUCGAUAGAAAUUUUUUUUGGAUGUUCUCUUUCCUAUAGCAGGUUAUCCAGGACCUGAGGAAACAGGAAGUUAUAAUUAUCUUCCACAGAGUCAAACCUGAAAGCAGUAAUUUAGUGGUGGAGCUGCUUUUUGUGAACUGUUAUACAUGUAUAUUUUAGCAAAAGUGACACAGAAAAAGCCAGAAAUUCUUGUAUAAAAUUGUUUACUAUUAAGUCUUAUAUAAAUGUGUCUUUAAUUCAGUGCCUUCUUCCUCUAAGGAUGCUCUUUUUUACUCCAUGUCCCAUAUCCCAUUCAGUGUCAACUGAUAUUGAAGCCAGAGGCCAUGUUAAACUGGUGAGGGCUUCUAUUGCAGGGGCAUGGGGAAAGGAGAUACUAAUCAGGGGUUGCUGGAGUGCAUAUGAUUCUUUCCUGUACUCAUGCUAUCAUUUGAAACCCUUCAUAGAAAAUUCUCUAAUUCUCAAUUGGAAAAUUCAUUUGAAGUAAUACUAUUAUUCAAAAUAAGAUUCUGAGGUUUACUUACCUCUUACUGUGCUUCUUAAAGGUCUCUAAAAGAAAAGAGCAAAAUGUGUGGGGUUUUGGUUUAGUAGUUUAUAAGUUUAUUUGUGUUAAACUGGAGAAAAUUUGCCACCUUCAUUUUCACACUGGAGUAAAAUGAACUAUAGUGCCUAAUUAAAUAGUCUCAAAUUAAUGUAACUAUUUCAACUUGAUAUAUAUAUGUCAUUGACAUUUAAAUUAAAAAUAUUGAGCUCUUUUGCUCAAUUUAAUACAUUGUGUUUAGUUGGUAUACCCUUUGAAACAUUCUUUAUUGGUUUAUUUACUCUUUGUUUUGACAGGUCAAACAUGAUUGCUUUCUGUAAAAGAAAUGCAUGAGAGGUUGACAGUAAUGGAUGUAUCACAGGUCUAAAACAAUUGUGUUUUAUAAAAACAUGCUUUUAGUAUUAUAUUUCUCUUUUAGCAGUUGAAUCCCAAACCAGUUUUAGUAAAUUGGAUAAAGACAUGAAGGAAUUGCCUUAAGCACUUUAGAAAAGAAAUCUUUUAUAAUUCAUUUUGAUUCUUUGGGCUGACCAUGUAACAUACAUCUUUAAUUUUUGGUAAAUAUGUAUAUACCAAACAUUUAAUAACUGCACAUAGAAAUUUAAAAUACAGUGAUUCUUUGAAUGUUCCCAGUGUAGGUAAACAAAUGGAAAAUAUUAGAGGCAUGCCUGUCUGUGUACAUGGGUUUAAUUGAUGGCAUGUGUACCAUUAUGACAAACAGUGAACUGCUGCUGUACAGCUAAACUUGGCCUACUUUGUUCUAUAAACUGUUUUUCCCGUGUUAUCAUCAAAAGAAACAUAUUGGCUUAGUUUUAUUGACUCAUUUAUGAAAUUAAAACAUGAACAAUAUCAUGUAUCAUUUGAAUUUUUGUGACUGAUCCUUGCUGGUGUGAAUAAUAAAAGCAAAUAAUUUGUCAUGAAAUCUUUUAAUUAGGCUACGAUACUCUAUUUCAUGACUUACCUAGAAUGAUUUUUUUUCCUAUAUACUUUUUCCAUAAAGUUAUCGUUAUUUAUAUUGUUUCUUUCGGAAACAUAGGUUAACAAUUGGAAAAGGAUAUUAUGAAAAGUGAUUACUUCAAAGAGUAUUCAUUUCAGAAGAGGGAAGUGUAGACUUCUUACUAUAAAUUAUGUGGUUCCAGGCUGAAAAAUCUAAGAACUAUAUUUUCAAAUCAUAACAAUUCUUUUUCAGAAAGCUUGUAUUUGUUAGAUCAGUGUUCAUUCUUUGGCUAAGUAAUACCACAAUUAUUUUAAGUCUGUGAUGUGGCAGUCAUACUUUAUAUUCAGAUUUCCAAAAUUAAUGAAGUUUGAUUUACUAUGCAUAUAGUUUUGCUGCUUUUGGGUAGUGUAAUGACAAAGUUUGUAUCUUAAAAAUCAGAAAUUUUAAAAGGUAAAUGUGUUACAGUUUGUUAAAAAAUUCAAAUUUUGAUAAGCACAUUACACAUAAUAUGUUCAUUUUUAUGUAAUCACAUAAAAUAGAUCUGUAAAAGUUUCUCCCUUGAUUUUAUCUUUACAUUGGAUAUAUUCUUUUAGGGAAGUGAAUGGUCAGCAUAAGUUUACUCAACAUCCAAGUAACCAUAAAGUUAUUUGUUAUUUUUAAACAAAAUGUACAUUUCUUAAUGCCAGUGCUACAGCAUUAUGAGAUCGUGAAUGUUUCUUUAAUCAUCACAGAAAGCAUACCUCAUGUUCAGUGUAGUUUUAGUUGUUUGUAUCUUACAGUUUUCACAUUAUGCCAAUAUCUGUGAUCCUGAUAUGUCACCUGUGAUAGCUUUGUUACUUGGAAUAUUUGAUUAAUGCAAAUACUUUAGUUUUUUUGAGUAAUUUGGAGUUAAACAGAUUACAUUUAUUAUAUUUUGUUUUUGUUGAAAAGAUAGUGUUGAGCAUACCAUAUAAAGGUUAGUAUUGGCUUAUAAAUACCAGAGAUUGCCAUAGUACUUUCUCCUCAGACUACUCAAUUAAAUUAAAACAGUAUUUACUAUUUCUGGGUCAGUAUAAGGUAAUAACUUUUGAUUUAUAACCAUUUGAGCUAUGUUAGUUUAAACUACAUAUUUUCUUAAUGGCACCCAUUCAGUAAAAGCUGGUCCUUUGGAAUAGACAUACAUAAGAUUUCACAGUAUGUAGGGCAGAAGGUAGGUGAACGUGUUGUUCACUUUGGCUUGGAGCUUAAGUUUAGACCUUUUUUUUUUUUUUUAGUCAAAAUGUAAGUAAUUGGUAAAAGGCAUUUCUAUUCAUAUUGGAACUUUUUGGAGAGCCUAAGGGCUAUGAGAAUAAUGCGUUUUGUUUUUGGUUUUUUUUGUUUAACCUUUCCAAUAUCUCUUAGGUACCAAAGCACUGAGUCUAGUUUACCUUUUAAGGGAGACUCUUUAAAAUCAAAUUUAUACCUAACUCAUACUGUAAGAUAAAUAAUAGCUAAAGUUUUAAAGUAAUUUAUAUUAAAAACCACUAGUCUUUAAAAUUUCUCAAUAUGAAAAUAUUUGGCUUCAUUUUUAAAAAAGUAUUUAAAAUUAAUCCCCUUAGCUCUACCAUACACUAGAUCUAUUUCCUCUAUAUAAAUCAUUUCUCAUCUUUGGGCAUCCAUUGCCUCACAUCUUACUCAGCCUACCUCACAGGGCUGUUGUGAGGAACAAAAUGAAAUGGAGUAUAUGAAAUUGCUUCAACAACAGUAAAAUGCUACAUAAAUGUAAGGGAUUAUUUUCAGUUAAUAAUAGAUUUAAAUGUUUGGAUAUUUCUAGAUGCCAUUUACUUUGAUAAAGCAUGUGCUUAAAGUGAUAUCACUAGGACUUUAAACAUGAUUUAAAAAAAAACAAAACCCUGACUACAGUGCCCUUUAACAUUCUUUUGUUUGCAUGAUGUGGCCUUUUUGUAUUUCCUCCUUAGGCCUGUACUCUGUAUCAACUUUCUGUAACUGUAAAAUGUCUCCCACAGCAUUAGUGUGUGUUGCUGUAGAAUAGUAGCAUAAAUAAAUGAUCUAAGCUAUGUUUCCAUCCAGGCAUUUGCACUUUCAGUUUAUGACUCUUCAGUGCCAUGUAUGCAAAGACUGAAUUUGGCCUAAAUAAUUAUUUCCAAGCAACCAAAUGGUUAAAGUUUGUUGUCAUUGGAUAAAUGAUUUAAGGUGUAUGUGCCCAUUUAACAUUAGACUUUUGUUGCAUUGUCAUUAAAAAAAAAAUCCAAACAUGAACCUGGAUAUCAUUUAGUGUCUCUCCUAAGAAAACCUGUUUUGCUUUAAAUUGGAUUUAUUAAAUGGUUUACAUGUUAUCUUUACUUAUAGAUUAUUUGGUAUGUUAUCAUCUGGACAUGGUUUUGCUAUGCAGUUCUGAUAAUCAAAAUCCUAAUUCCUCAGGUUAAAAUUUUAAGUUGUGGAUGAAAAACAUGAACUACUUAUAAUACACUCAGUGCUGCAAACUAGUGUUUUAAAACACAUUAUUGCCUCAUUUUCCUUGGAAACAAGACAAAGCCUUUUAAAUGGUUUUUAACUUUAAAAUAGUCUUCAAAGUGGAGUAAUUUGUACGUUGAAAUGAUUGUGUGCUCUGUGUAGAAUGACCAAGUUAAAUUCUUACAAAAGCACCUGGAAUAUCUCAUCUAAAAAAUAAACUUUUUCUGCUUUC